AUGUGUCAAGACAUCCAGCAUCAGAACAAUGACCAUCUGGUCCAGUCCAACGAUCCAGAGCACCCGUCCAACCUCAUCCCUGAGCUUUGCCGAAAGUUCUACAACUGGGGCUGGGUUACUGGUACUGGCGGUGGUACCUCAAUUCGCCAUGGAGAGCACGUCUUCAUUGCCCCUUCUGGUGUUCAAAAGGAGUUGAUGCAACCUCACAACAUCUUCGUCCUGCAGUACCCCACCCCCAAGUAUCCUCCCUCUGAGCGCAAGUACAUCCGCAAGCCUCUCGAUCUGAAGCCCUCCGCCUGCACCCCGCUGUUCCUAGCUGCAUUUGAGCGCGGCGCGGGCUGCUGCAUUCACACACACUCCCAAUGGGCGGUCCUGGUAACCCUCCUGGUUGAGCGUGAGAAGGGCCCCGAAGGCUGCUUUGAAAUCAGCAACAUCGAGCAGAUCAAGGGUAUCCCCAAGGGCCCGGGUAAGGGCAUGCUAGGGUUCUUCGACACUCUCAAGAUUCCGAUCAUCGAAAACACUGCCUUUGAGGAGGAUCUUACCGAAAGCUUGGAGAAGGCUAUGGAUGCCUAUCCGGACACCUACGCUGUGCUCGUCAGGAGACACGGAAUCUACGUCUGGGGCGACAAUGUCGCAAAGGCAAAGACCCAAUGCGAGAGUCUGGACUACUUAUUCCAGCUGGCUGUUGAGAUGCACAAGCUUGGUAUCCCAUGGGUCAAAUAA